AGGAAGCGGGGCUGGGAGAGGCUUCAGGAAACUCACCAUCUUGGUGGAAGGGGAAGCGGCAGGCCUUACAUGGCCGGAGCCGGAGGAAGGGGUGGGGCAGUGCCACACGCUUUCAAACAACCAGAUCCUGAGAACUCUAUCAUGGGGACAGCACCAAAGGAGGAAGUCGCCCCCAGGAUCCAGUCACCUCCCACCAGGCCCCACCUCCAGCACUGGGGAUUACAUUUCAACGUGAGAUUCAGCCAAGGACCCAGGAGCCAGAGGACCUGCACAGGCUCUGGAGGGGCCGCCGCUCCUCUGGCAUCUUCGCUGCCCCCUCCACCCCUCCGGGCUGCCCCAAGCUCACCCAGUCAUGCCUGUUCCAGGGUGUCUGACAGAGCCAGCGUGCAGGGGGCGGGGCUCGCCUCUAGCCCCAGGCCCAGUGGGGAGCUGACUGCCAUUUGGGGGCUGAAUCAGGCCUCCGCUCACGGUGGGGCGCAGACUCCCGGACCCUUCGAGGACCUCCUCAGAGCUGUCCACAGCUGCCCUGAGCCCCUGGUCAACAGCAGCUGGCAGUCAGGGUGAGGGCCCUUCUCCCCCUUUCUUUGUGGAUCUGCCGUCUCUCGGGGAUCCUGUUCCCAUGGCCCUGGUGAGUAGAACCACACAACAGGCACUCAGGGUCCAGGUGGCCACUCCCCUCCAGCAGCCCAGGCAGGGGGGCCCCUCAAAGGCCCAUUGUAGGCACCUCCGUGUGGCUCCCCAGCCCCCACAAGCUCACGCUCGCGCACGCGCCGCCACGCCCAUCCGUGGUCCCGCCCGUGGUCCCGCCCGGGCCAGCUUCUAGGUCAGUCCUGGGCACAACUUCCCAAGAGGAGCAGUGGCAGGUGCUGCAGGCAAGGGACGCCAUGGCUGGGGGUGUGUGGGGCCGGGCCCGGGAGGCUCCUGUGGGGUCUCUAACCCUGACAGCACUGACUGAAGGAAUCCGAGCCAGGCAGAGGCAGCCCCAGGGACCCCCUUCCACAGGCCCUCAGCCCAAGUCCUGGGAGCUCAAACCUGAAGCUGAGCCACAGACCCAGGCACUCACUGCCCCCUCUGAGGCUGAGCCUGGACGUGGGGCCACCGUCCCUGAAGCUGGCAGCGAGCCCUGCUCCCCCAACAGUGCCCUGGAACCAGCCCCUGAGGGGCCCCGCCAGGUUCCCCAGAAUUCCUGGGAGGAGGGAGUUCUUGCCGACCUCGCAUUGUACACGGCUGCCUGCCUGGAGGAGGCUGGCUUUGCAGGGACGCAGGUGACAGCGCUCACCCUGUCCUCAGCCCUGGAGGCCCGAGGGGAGCGGUUGGAGGACCAGGUGCAUGCUCUGGUGCGUGGACUGCUGGCGCAGGUGCCCAGCCUGGCAGAGGGGAGGCCCCGGAGGGCGGCCCUGCGAGUGCUGAGCGCCCUGGCCCUGGAGCAUGCGCAGGACGUGGUGUGUGCGCUGCUACCCCGCUCUCUGCCCCCCAAUCGGGCAGCAGCCGAGCUCUGGCGCAGCCUAAGCUGUAACCAGCGUGUAAAUGGGCAGGUGCUGGUGCAACUGCUGUGGGCGCUGAAGGGUGCUUCGGGGCCUGAACCCCAGGCGCUGGCGGCCACGCGGGCUCUGGGAGAGAUGCUGGCUGUUUCAGGCUGCGUGGGAGCCACGAGGGGCUUCUACCCACAUCUGCUGCUUGCACUGGUCACACAGCUGCACAAGCUGGCCCGCAGCCCACGCUCCCCCGACAUGCCCAAGAUUUGGGUUCUGUCCCACCGAGGGCCACCACACAGCCAUGCCAGCUGUGCCGUGGAGGCGUUAAAGGCCCUGCUCACCGGGGACGGAGGCCGCAUGGUGGUCACAUGCAUGGAGCAGGCAGGAGGCUGGAGGAGGCUGGUGGGAGCCCACACCCACCUGGAGGGUGUCCUGCUGCUGGCCAGUGCUAUGGUGGCACAUGCCGACCACCACCUGCGAGGCCUCUUCGCAGACUUGCUUCCGCGGCUGCGCAGCGCGGACGACCCGCAGCGCCUCACGGCUAUGGCCUUCUUCACCGGGCUGCUGCAGAGCAGGCCCACCGCACGGCUCCUGCGGGAGGAGGUCAUCCUGGAGCGACUCCUCACCUGGCAGGGAGACCCCGAGCCCACCGUGCGCUGGUUGGGCCUGCUGGGCCUGGGCCACCUCGCGCUGAAUCGCAGGAAGGUGCGGCACGUGAGCACACUGCUGCCGGCGCUCCUGGGCGCACUGGGCGAAGGCGACUCGCGGCUCGUGGGUGCAGCGCUGGGCGCCCUGAGGAGGCUCCUGCUGCGGCCCCGGGCGCCUGUGCGGCUCCUGAGCGCGGAGCUGGGGCCGCGCCUCCCUCCGCUGCUGGACGACGUGAGCAAACUCCCCGCCUCCGAAGCCCUCACAGUGCCCAUCACUGUAUGUGGGGUGGAGUCACACUAG